GAUCUCUACAAAUCUGCUUUCUUUUACUUUGAAGGCAUCUUUUAUAAUGAUAGAAGACAUCCAGAGUGCAGAGAUCUGAGCAGAACGAUUAUUGAGUGGUCAGAAUCACAUGACAGAGGCUAUGGAAAUUUCCAGUCUGUUAAAAUGGAGGACUACACAUUUAAUGAUUUGUCCCUCAAAAUUGGCUUUCCAUACCUCUUCUGCCACCAAGGGAACUGUGAGCACAUAAUUAUCUUCACAGAUAUAAGGCUCAUUCAUCAUGAUGACUGUCUGGACAGGAACCUGUAUCCCUUGUUAAUAAAGAAACACUGGUUAUGUACCAGAAAAUGCUUUGUGUGCAAAAUGUACACAGCCAG